AGAGCUCCCCCUCCUCCUCCUUAACUUCUCUUCAUAAUUCCUUCAACUUAGCAACAAACAGUUUAAUUACACGCAUUUAAUCAGAAGAAUUCAUUUUCAUGGGAAACGCUGACUAUGAUGUCUACACCUCAGCCAGGGUGCAGUCUGGCGCUUACCACCGUGCAGCAGUCCCUCCGCCGCAGCCAUUUUUCAAGUCACUCAAGUAUUCUCUCAAGGAAACAUUCUUCCCAGACGACCAGCUCAGGCAGUUCAAGAACCACACCCUCCGUCAAGGAAGUAGACCUCAUCGCCGGAAUCACCAUGGCAAGUUUCGCUACCCUUCAGGGCAUCAGCUACGCCAAGCUUGCCAAUUUGCCACCUAUUCUUGGCCUAUGUAUAAGUGCUGACUUUUUACAAUUCUUGGCCAACAACUCUUUGCAUUGGAUCAAAAUAAAUAAGGGAAAAGUGUGAAAAUGAGGUGCAAUUUUGUCAUGAAGUGUUCUCGGUUGUUUCUUCUUUUCUUAGUUUUGAAAGUUCUUUUGUUAUGUUCAAUUGAGGUGAAGAUAUGGAAGACUAGAUAUGUGCACUCCAAGUAUUCGAUCAAUUGCCUAAUAGGAGUUGCCUUUGUUCUUGAUUUCUGUUCUUUAGCUUAUGCACUUUUGCUUUUAUAUAUAUGUAUGUACACAAGUGGGAUAAGCAUGUUUGAAGAGGUUAAGAAAACUACUGAUAGAAGGGGGCUCCAGCUUAUAUUGGCCAACCCUGGAGCUAAAGUGAUGAAGAAAUUUACCAACGUUGUCCUUAGCAAAUUUUGCUAGUCAUCGCCCUGCUGCGAGAAUCUUGAAUCAGUGAAAACGGUGGAAGAUCCAAGUAGUAUAGAUUCUGAAGGCUCCCUUCAAGAAAUUGAAGAAGACAAAGAAAAGAUCGAAGAAAUUGAAGAAACCCAAGAGCAAAAGCGUAGUUCCUACAGAACCCAAAGCCUUGAAUCGUACUGGUGGGAUAGUUUCUUGCACAAGAACUCCACAACCCCAGGUUCCCACUUCUCUACUUUACUCUUAUUUUAUUUAUUUAAAAAAAAAAUCCAGACGUUUGGGUAUUAUUAAUAGAUGAUGGAAUUUAAA